GCGGGAGAACUUCCUUCAUUCGCCUGAAACGUCUCUUUGCUAGCGCAUCCAAGCCACGUGAAGAAAUCAUGGACAAGCCAGUAGUUUUGGCUCGUGUUAUAAAAGUCCUGGGAAGGACUGGUUCGCAAGGGCAGUGCACCCAAGUGAAAGUUGAAUUUUUGGGUGAACAAAACAGACAGAUAAUCAGGAAUGUGAAAGGGCCUGUACGAGAAGGCGAUCUAUUAACCUUGCUGGAAUCUGAACGUGAAGCAAGAAGACUUCGAUAAGCACAUAUGGAGAAUUAAUUGCCAGCACAUGAACGUCACCAAUAGUGUCUGGACUCUAACGAUACAAUUCAUUCCAUCAAUAAAAAUGGGGACUAUCCAACUAUUCCAGUAGCACGAGCUGCCUUCGUUCAAAAAAUCCCUGUCAAUGAAGAUGUUUCCAACUUCUGUAAUAAAUACUGGCUGAUAUUUGAUUGAA